UGCCAUGCAUAGCAACCACGCGUUUUCAUUGUGAUUAAAUGAUUCCUCCAGUGCUAUAUGCCUAUAUAAAUCCUAGCAUCUCAAAGCAACUAAUGAAUCUACAUAGAAAUCAGCCGAGAAAGGAGUAGCUAAGCUAGGAGAGGAUACGUAGUACGUACCAGUACCAAUGGCUUCUUCAGCUGUCGUUGCCGCCUGCGUCGUCGUCGUCGCCGCUGCGCUGCUGCUGGUCACCGCCCCCGGCGCGGCGGCGCAGCCCGGCGGCGCGUCGUCCGGGUCCGGCUGCAACGCCGGCCUCAUCCGGCUCCUCCCAUGCCUCGGCUUCGUCGGCGGCAACAACGCCGCGCCGUCGAACACGUGCUGCGCCAACCUGGGCAGCAUGGUGCACGACGAGCCGCUCUGCCUCUGCCAGGCCCUCAGCCAGUCCGGCGGCGGCGGCGCGAUCCCGGUGCCCGUGAACCGGACGCGCGCGGUGCAGCUGCCUCUCCUCUGCCGCCUCGACCUCCCGCCGGCGGCCACCGCCUGCCCAGGGUUUGAUCUAGGGGGAGCAGCGCCAUCGCCGCCGGUGAGCGUCCCGCGCUCGACGCCGAACUCCACUGCUCCAUCGACGCCGACGCCGGUGACGGUGACACGGGCGCCGCCGCAACAGAUGACACCGUCACCGAAGACAAGCAGCCAGACGCCGGAAUACAGCAGCGGGCUCAAGCUGAUAGCUGACUGCGUUCCUGUCGCACUUGGUUUUAUGGCGUUGGUGUCAGCUCUGACAUUCUGAAGACUUAGGGGAGAUUAGAAUUGUGCCGUAGAGAAGUUAUUUAGUUGUCCCCUGUUGUUUUUUUCAUAGCAAAUGGAUUUAGCAGUUGAGGCAUUCAAGGGAA